ACACACACACUAAAGUAACUAAACACUUAAUUGGAACAUCAGAUGAAUUAUUUUUAUUGUAAUAGUAAUGAUAAUGCAGCUAAGUGGAAAUUUAGGAAGGAAUGUCGUGUAGUAUCUUAUUUAGUAAUGUUUACAUUUUAACAACGUACAAGUUCUUAUUUUUGGAAAAUAAACAGUGAACGUGACGAAACAAACUAUUGGCCAGCCAAACAGUGACAUGGUGACUGAAAAUGAUGUGAACAAGUUGAUAGUGUAAAGUGAAGCAGUGUUGGCAGACUUGGGAGGAUUUAAGGCAAGGAAGACACUUUGUUGAGCAAUAGGAAUGAAUGGCGAGGGAGAGUGAGUGAGAGGUAGACAGAGAGGAGAGAGAGAGAGAGAGAGAGAGAGAGAGAGAGAGAGAGAGAGAGAGAGAGAGAUGGGGAACUCCUCCUACCAAAUUAUUCAGGCUGGGCAGGCUUUGCGCUCUUCACAAAUAGGACACGGUUCUCAAAUACAGGCAGUUCCAAUCUGACCUCCAAAUACCAAAUAGCCCUGACUGGGAACUUUGGAAGUGGGGGAAAAAAGAGAACAAAAACAAACCGAAGCUUGUGUCGUUAUUUUUGGCCACUCUGCAGCCACCCCCCUCUUUCCCCUCACCGCGUUGGACUAUAUAUAUAUAUAUUUUUUUUUUAAUCUGGAUGAGAGACAUUCUGGAAUCAAAGAACACGCUGGUGCACGACCAACAAUCCUCGUCGUCCCACCCAUGCUGCCGCUGUUGUAGUUUUCCCCCCAGUUUUUUUUUUCUUCUGUGCUUCCAGUUGCCUUUGCACGCAGCGGGCCGGGAGGUGAUCCGACUGUUUGCAUUUUGGAUGCGCUGAGCCAAGCCAGCAGCACACCAAUCGGCGUCCACGGUAUAUGGAAGUGGUGGGCUGCAAGGCAGAAGCAGCCGCUCGCACGUUGCGCCCAGGACCGGGAGCCAUGCUUUUCCACGGGAUCUCCGGGGAUCACAUCCAAGGGAUCAUGGAGGAGAUGGAGAGAAGGUCCAAGUCGGAGUCUCGUCUGGCCAAAACCAUGCAGAUCAACGGCAGAGAGACGACCAUGCCCUCUAUGAGCCCGGAGAAACCCGCCCUGUGCGCCGGCUGCGGGGGCAAGAUCUCGGACAGAUACUACCUCCUGGCCGUGGACAAGCAGUGGCACCUGCGGUGCCUCAAAUGCUGUGAAUGUAAACUUGCGUUGGAGUCGGAGCUAACGUGUUUCGCAAAGGAUGGCAGCAUCUACUGCAAAGAGGAUUACUACAGGUUCUCGGUGCAAAGGUGCGCGCGCUGCCACCUGGGCAUUUCCGCCUCGGAGAUGGUGAUGCGCGCGCGAGAUUCCGUGUACCACCUGAGCUGCUUCACGUGCACCUCGUGCAACAAGACCCUCACCACUGGCGACCACUUCGGCAUGAAGGACAGCCUCGUCUACUGCCGCCUCCACUUCGAGAGUUUGGUGCAGGGCGCCGACUACCACCCCCAGCUCAACUUCGCCGAGUUGGCGGCCAAGGGCGGCGGCCUGGGCCUGCCCUACUUCAACGGCACCGGCACUGCUCAGAAGGGCCGGCCGAGGAAAAGGAAGAGCCCCGCCAUGGGCUUGGAUUUACCGAGUUACAACACAGGCUGCAACGAGAACGACGCAGACCACUUGGACCGGGACCAGCAGGCCUAUGCGCCGACGCAGAAGACCAAGCGCAUGCGGACCUCCUUCAAACACCACCAGCUGCGGACAAUGAAAUCCUACUUUGCCAUCAACCACAACCCGGAUGCUAAAGACCUCAAGCAGCUGGCCCAGAAGACGGGCCUGACCAAAAGAGUUCUGCAGGUUUGGUUCCAAAACGCGAGAGCCAAAUUCAGAAGGAACGUUUUACGACAGGAGAAUGGAGGUGUUGAUAAGGCUGAUGGCACCUCACUCCCUCCGCCCUCGUCCGACAGUGGGGCCCUGACCCCCCCCUCCAGCGCGGCCACACUAACAGACCUGACAAACCCCUCGAUUACCGUAGUGACGUCCGUCACCUCUAGUUUGGACAGCCACGAUUCGGGGAGCCCUUCACAAACUACCUUGACGAACCUUUUCUAAGCUAGAAGACUGUUUUUUCUUUUGCUUUAUAAAUGUUAUUUUCUCUAAUUGAGUUUUUUUUUCUUUCUCACGUUUUUUUUUUUUUUUAAAUUGGCCUUUAAAUCAAGCAGCGAUGGCUCCUUUGAAGAGUGUGCAAGAGCAAGAAGAGCAGUGGCCGCAUUGAACUUUUGUAGAACAAACAAAUGUGUAGCAUUUGACAACCUCAUGGCAGUGACGGACUUUGGGAAAGGACUUUCAGAAAAUCAUCGGGGAAAACAAUAACUAAAAGCCUGGAACUUAGUUCAAUCUUCAUUUGUACAUUUGUAUUGAAUGAUUACAAAAUUGAGCCCUUUUUAAUUACUGGUGAAUUGGUGAACUUUGCCCUCCGAAACAUGUAAUUGUUUGCUUCCCAUUUCAGUUUUUGUUUGUGUUUUGAAAUCAUUUGGGAAGCAAAACUUGUCGAAUGUUCUGUAUAUGGGUCCAAAUCCAGAAAACAGUGUUUGAAUCCUCUUCUUGAAUGUCUCCCAUCUGUAUGGCGAUUGAAUCCGAUAUCAAGAUAGAACCCCAACAUAUUUUAUGACUUGUUUCACACAUUUAUUGUGCUAAUAGUGGUAACAAUCACCCAAUCGUAGCGGUAGCAAACGUUUCGUCGUUCGACAACAAAUUUGGAUCGGAGAACAGUUGAUGGGCACUGUCGGAGUCCGCUGUCACUUCUUGUUGGCCUGCUGGAUGAAUUGCAGUAAAAUUGAACCCAGUAAACACAUCCGCAGAUCGAGUCAAUUGCACAAAGCCCCCCCCCUCCCCCAACAGUAAAAAGUGCAUUAUUGUUUUAUCAUGUUGCUCAGGGUGAUUUUUUUUUUAAUGGAAAAGGGAGUGUAGUAUAACGAUGAAGACUGGAUUUGUAGAACUGGCAUUGAAAAAAAAAAAAGGCUUCAGAUAGGUGAAGUUCAGUGUAGGUGGAAUCACGUUUUCUCCUGACAUUGACUUUCUGGAAAAACACUUGCCACUGAUCAGACCAAAAACAAAACAAAAAAAAAAAAAACAAAAAGAAAAAAAAACCCGAAACAUGUUUCUUCUGGCUGAAAGGUAGUGAGAGAGAGAGAGGAGCAGAAGACACAUUUCCAUUGUGUGCGUCCUAAUUUGUUCUCUUGAAGAACAAAAUGGUACUCCGAGUCUACUUGAUGAAGUAGAUGCCUAACUCAGUUCUACUCUUAUGUGCCUUAUGCGAUGACGUGGGAGAAAAGGUUGUGAAAUUCAGGAUUCUGUGUGUUCUUUGUUAUCUGAUUCGCACCCUUCGGACGCCUCACUAGUUUUGUACUGUUUUGCAUCUUAUUUUCAAAGAUCUUUUUAUGGUGUAUCCUGUUUUGAAGAAAAAAAAAAAAGAAGAAGAAGAAGAAGGGGGGAGGGGCAGCGAUGUCAUAGAAAGCAUUUGUGCACUCUUUCAGAUAUAGUUCCAAGAACCUUAUAUAUUGAUCUUCGUGUUAAUAGUUGAGUACAGUAAGUGUUCUAUCAAGAUUGUCCAUGUUUCCCUGUUUCUUGAUAAAGAUGGUGUAUAGAAACUAUUUCCCCUUAAAUAUUUAUGGACCAAAACGGUUGUUAUAUAUCUUAUUAAAUUUGUGUGAAUAAAAACAAUACUUUGCUUUAAA